GUAUUGGGUGGGGCUAGCAAAUCACCUCAAGAAAUAAAUUAUAAUUAUGGCAACUGAAGAAACAGGUAGGCAGGUUGUGAUUGUUAUUCGCCACGGGGAGCGUAUAGACAAUGUGGAAUACGACUGGGUGAUAAGAUCCAAGCGUCCAUACGACCCUCCACUGACAGAGGUUGGGGUAAAGCAAGCUAGGGAGGUGGGAAGUGCCUUCAAAGGAAAGGACGUUCAGUGCAUUAUCUCUUCUCCAUUCUUGCGCUGCCUCCAAACAGCCCAGCAAAUCAGUGAUGCGUUAGAGCUCCCUGGUGUCUCUACAUGUAAUGGUAUUGUCGAUGUUCUCAGCUCCCAUUGUGGAAUCCAUGAGCAGCCACAAGUCCCAUAUCAAGCUGACGUUGAUCGGAUAGGCGUGAAAGUGCUUAGCUAUGAUCAGGAUCCAUUGCCUAAAUAUCCCGAAAAGACAAAGGUGGGAUUAAGAAGAUUUACUGUGGAGUACAAUAAACUGGCAGACAAGUACUGGCCUCAGAACAUUGUGAUUGUAUCCCAUGGGUAUGGAGUAUCUCAAGCCGUUGCAAUGACAAAAGGAGAACAAUAUUUCUCGGGUACGUGGGUUAACUAUUGUGGAUAUGUGGAAAUGACCAGAGACUCCGAAGUCAGUCAUAAAUGGACUCAACUGACUAGGUCUAAUAUACAUGAUGACUAGAACUGUAUAUAUAAACAAUAAUUAUUUUAGUUCAUUUUCA